AUGGACUCUGUGUGUGAACUUCUUCACCGCGUGCCUCAGCCCGUUCAGUGGGGUCUGGCGGGCGUAGGUGUCCUCGCCAUCGGCGUGAAGCUUCUCAGCUACCUGCAACUGCUGGCCAAUGUAUUCAUCCUCAGCGGGACCAGUCUUGGAAAGUAUGGAAAGCCUGGUACUUGGGCUGUUAUCACCGGUGCAUCUGAUGGACUGGGCAAAGAGUACGCCUACCAGCUAGCUCAGAAAGGGUUCAACCUCAUCCUCGUAUCGCGAACCCAAUCCAAGCUUGAGACGCUUGCGAAGGAGAUCGAAGCCAAACACGCCGACAAGAAGGUCCAAACCAAGAUCCACGCCAUGGACUUUUCUCAAAGUAACAACGCGGACUACGAAGCCUUGGCCAGUCAGAUUGAGGGGCUUGACGUCGGCAUUUUGAUCAACAAUGUCGGCCAGAGCCACAGCAUCCCUGUGUCUUUCCUGGACACCACACAGGAGGAGAUGGAAAGCAUCAUUAGGAUCAACUGUGAAGGAACCCUCAAGGUCACCAAGGUCGUUGCCCCGAUCUUGCAGAAGCGUCGCAAGGGUCUUAUCCUGACCAUGGGAUCCACGGCCGGCUGGAGUCCAACUCCCCUCCUUGCCACGUACUCUGGAAGUAAGGCAUUCCUUCAAUAUUGGAGCAGCGCCCUCGCUGCUGAACUUCGCCCUGACAACGUCGAUGUUUACCUUGUGGUCAGCCAUCUUGUCACGACCGCAAUGAGUAAGAUCCGCCGUCCUAGCCUGAUGAUUCCCACAGCGCCCAAAUUUGUCCGUUCAGCGCUAUCAAAGAUCGGGAACGGAGGGUUCCAGAAUGCGUCAAACACCUACACCCCUUGGUGGACCCAUUCUCUCAUGAUCUGGACUGUCGAGACGGUUCUAGGCGUCUUCCACCCCACUGUCAUCGGCAUCAACAGGAAGAUGCACGUGGAUAUCCGCAAGAGAGCCUUGCGCAAACGCGAGCGGGAGGCUAAAAAGCAGUAA